CUACCUCAUCCCCACACGAAACAAUCCACCCUCCAAAUUAGAUAUAUAACCCCCUUUUUCUCACACCAACGCCCCACUAAAUGUUUACUUGUUUCUCAAUACAAUCAUCUCAACACUUUGUGAUCAUAUAACAAUAAAUCCCAUGCCUCGAAGCUUCGGAUACGACAGCCUCUCGGUGAGCAGCGACAUGCCAUUUCUUGGCCCGAGGCAGGCCAUGGACCUCCAAGAAUUCAGCCGCAAGCCCAAGCGCUCCACCUCCCACACCCUCGGCGAGCUUCUCCAGCGCAUAGGCGACUCUACCACAACCUCCCCCACCCACCCCCACCUCCAACACCCCUCCCCCUCCGUCCCCUUGCUCCUCUCCUUCGACAACCUCACCUACAGCGUCAGCGCCGGCAGAUCAUUCCUCCCCGCCUGCCUCACCCGGCGCACUAGCACUAACACCGAGAAAAAGGUCCUGCUCAACGACAUCUCGGGGGAGGCCAGGGACGGCGAGAUCAUGGCCGUCCUCGGUGCCAGCGGCUCGGGAAAAUCCACCCUGAUCGACGCGCUAGCCAACCGCAUCGCCAGGGAGAGCCUGAAGGGGUCCAUCACCCUCAACGGGGAAGCCUUUGAGUCGAAGCUUCUUAAAGUGAUCUCCGCUUAUGUGAUGCAGGACGACCUCCUAUUCCCCAUGCUGACCGUGGAGGAGACGCUCAUGUUCUCCGCCGAGUUCCGCCUCCCCCGAACCAUGCCGAGGUCCCGCAAGAGGUCCCGCGUCCAGGCCCUGAUCGACCAGCUCGGCCUCCGCAGCGCCGCCAACACCAUCAUCGGCGACGAGGGCCGCCGCGGCGUCUCCGGCGGCGAGAGGCGGCGCGUCUCCAUCGGCACCGACAUCAUCCACGACCCCAUCCUCCUCUUCCUCGACGAGCCCACCUCCGGCCUCGACUCCACCAGCGCCUUCAUGGUGGUUAAAGUCCUCCAGAGGAUCGCGCAGAGCGGCAGCAUCGUGAUCAUGUCCAUCCACCAGCCCAGCUACCGAAUCCUCAAGCUCCUCGACCGCCUCAUCAUCCUCUCCCGCGGCCAAACCGUCUUCAGCGGCCUCCCGGCCUCCCUCCCGCUCUUCUUCGCCGAGCACGGCCACCCCAUACCUCCCCACGAGGACAAAACCGAGUUCGCCCUCGACCACAUCCGAGACCUCGAGGCCACCCCAGGUGCCACCGAGGAUCUCGCGAGCUUAAACAGAACUUGGCAGAUGAGAAAUAACCCUAAUCGAAUCCAUCAACAGCAAAAACUCUCUCUCAAAGACGCAAUCAGCGCCAGCAUUUCAAUGGGAAAACUCGUCUCCGGGGCCUCAAACAUGGACUCGAAUUCAGUCCCCAAAUACGCCAAUCCCUUCUGGAAAGAGAUGAUCGUGAUCGCGCAGCGAUCCUUCACCAACUCCAGAAGGGCUCCUGAGCUAUUCGGAGCCCGGUUCGGAGCAGUGAUCAUCACCGGAUUAAUCCUGGCCACCAUCUUCUGGAAGCUGGACAACACCCCCAAGGGCGUCCAGGAGAGGCUAGGCUUCUUCUCCUUCGCCAUGUCCACCACCUUCUACACCUGCGCGGAGGCAAUACCGGUCUUCCUCCUCCAGAGAUACAUCUUCAUGAGAGAGACCGCCUACAACGCCUACCGCCGCUGGUCCUACGUCAUCUCCCACGCCAUCAUCUCCAUCCCCUCCUUAAUAGUCCUUUCCGUAGCCUUCGCCGCGACAACCUACUUUGCGGUGGGGCUGGCCGGUGGCGCCUCUGGUUUCCUCUUCUACCUCACAUUCGUCUUCGCAUCCUUCUGGGCGGGGAACUCAUUCGUCACGUUCCUCUCCGGGAUCAUAUUCAACCUGAUGAUGGCUUACACAGUGGUGGUGGCGAUCUUGGCCUAUUUCGUUCUCUUCAGCGGCUUCUUCAUCACGAGGGAUCGGAUCCCCUCCUACUGGUUAUGGUUCCACUACGCUUCCCUGGUGAAGUACCCUUACCAGGGGGUGAUGCAGAACGAGUUCGAGGAUCCGUUGAAAUGCUUCGUGAGGGGGACUCAGGUGUUCGACGGAUCGCCGCUGAGGGCGCUGCCGGAGGCGGUGAAGCUGAACCUGCUGAAGACGAUGAGCAAGACGCUGGGAAUGAACAUCACGAGGACGACGUGCUUGACGACGGGGUCGGACAUUCUGAAGCAGACGGGGGUCACUGAUGUAGACAAAUGGAGCUGCUUGUGGAUCACCAUUGCUUUGGGGUUUUUCUUUAGGGUUUUGUUUUAUUUUGCGCUCUUGAUUGGGAGCAAGAACAAGAGAAGGUGAGAUUAGUUUGUGGAGGAGUCAUAUAUACAUCAGUCCAAGAAAGCUUCAUGUGCUA